AUGUACCGCGCAUUCAACUCUAGAGUAGCCCUCCGGGCCAUGAGCCGAGGCAUUGCCCCCGCGACUUGCGUUGGAGCUUUCAUUGCAACUCGACCUGUCAUCCGUUGCGAUGCGCCUACGCUUGCUACAGGACCUCCCCCACGCCGAAGCCGCUCCCUGGAUGUGUCGCCGGAUACUGUUCGUCAGCUCUCAAGUGGAAGCAUUGCUGGAUUUGGAGUCGGCGUUGUAGUCGCCCUUUUUUCGCGAACCCUUGCAUUCCUCGCAGGAUUGGUUGCUUUUUCCGUCCAUGUCGCUUCUCGCUGGGGCUUGGAUAUUCCUCGAACUCUUGGUCUCGAGAAGUUAUUGAAGAAUAGCUCUAUAUGGAACAAGAGCAAGAACAGGCCGCUAUUUACAGCGUCUUUCCUUGUAACAUUUAUCCUAGCUACUUUCGUGCGUCUAUAG